CUUCGUUAACAAAAUAUCCCCAUCUCCCAUCACAACCUCACGCAGUCUUUCACUCUAAAACCCUAAUUAAACCCUAAAAUCUCCCAAAUCUCAAUCCAAAAUCACUGUUUCUGAUGAAGGUAAGUAUUGGAUCUAUCCAUUAAAUCGCCAUUUUCAUGUAAUCUCGAUCCAACCCUAAUUUUUUUUGAAUUUUUUUGAAUUAAAUUAGGGUAGAUUGUGAAUUAAUCUUCAAUCAUGGAUGAUUUGGAGAAGGCGAUUUUGUUCAGAUUUGAUGAAUCUGGUUCAAUUGAUCCUAAUCUUAAACUAGAAGCAGUAAAAUACUGUGAAUCAUUGAAGGAAUCCACGCCGUCGAUUUGUAGAUUAUGUAUUGAACGAUUCCAGUUUACGACAUACGUUCAGGUUCAGUUUUGGUGUUUACAGACACUUCACGAGGUUGUUCGAACUCGUUACUCGAUGAUUAGUGCCGAUGAGAUGGAGUUUGUUAGGAAAUCGGUGUUAUCUAUGGCUUGUGGAGGCGGUGGGGGUGGUGGUGAGGAUGAUAAGAGUAAUGUUGGUGGUGUUUUAGAAGGGCCGGUUUUUAUUAAGAAUAAGUUUGCGCAAGUGUUUGUUACUUUAAUUUAUUUCGAGUAUCCUUUGAUUUGGUCGUCUUGUUUUGUUGAUUUUGUGCCCAAUUUGGUUAAGGGGAAUGCAGUUAUUGAUAUGUUUUGUAGAGUUUUGAAUGCGUUAGAUGAUGAAUUGAUUAGUUUGGAUUAUCCGCGGAGUGGGGAAGAUGUGGCCGUUGCAGGGAGAGUUAAGGAUGCAAUGAGGCAACAAUGUAUUGCGCAGAUUGUACGUGCCUGGUAUGAGAUUUUGAACAUGUAUAAGAAUUCGGAUGCGGAGUUGUGUACGGCUGUUUUGGAUUGUAUGAGGAGGUAUAUUUCUUGGAUUGACAUUGGGUUGAUUGCGAAUGAUGCGUUUGUACCGUUGUUGUUUGAGUUUAUUUUGGUUGAGGGGUUGCCAGAACAGUUAAGGGGAGCGGGGGCGGGAUGUCUAUUGGCUAUAGUUUCUAAAAGGAUGGAUUCUGCAUCAAAGUUGUCGCUUCUUAGGAGCUUACAGAUUAAUCGCGUUUUUGGUUUGGUGGCUGGGGAUGUGGAUUCUGAGUUGGUCUCAAAGAUUGGCCUUUUGCUUACUGGUUUUGCAACUGAGGCGCUUGAAUGCUCGAAGCGUUUAGACUCAGAGGAGAUGAAAGUUGUUGCGACGGAGCUAUUGGAUGAAGUUUUGCCCUCAGUGUUCUAUGUGAUGCAGAAUUGUGAAAUGGAUGCAACGUUUAAUAUUGUGCAGUUCUUAUCAGGUUAUGUAUCUACGUUGAAAACUCUUACCCCGUUGAAGGAGAAACAAGUUGUACAUGUUCAACAGAUUUUGGAGGUGAUACAUGUUAGAAUCUGCUAUGAUCCUGAGUACAGAGAGAAUCUUAGCAUUCCAGAUAAAAUUGGGAUUGAAGAGGAAGAGCGGAUGAUUGAGUACCGAAAGGACUUGUUUGUGUUGCUUCGAAGUGUAAGCCGAGUGGCUCCUGAUAUUACUCAGAUGUUUAUUAGAAAUUUAUUUGCUGGUGCACUUGUGACUUCUUCAGAUAGGAAUGUUGAAGAGGUUGAAGCAGCACUCUCUAUUUUUUAUGCACUUGGAGAGUAUUUGAAUGAAGAGGCAGUGAGAAAUGGAAAUCCACUUGUGAGGGAAUUGCUACCAAUGCUGUUAUCAGCAAGGUUUCCAUGCCAUUCUAAUCGCUUGGUAGCACUAGUAUACUUGGAGACAAUAACUAGGUAUGUGAAGUUUGUUCAGGAUAAUGAUCAAUGUACACCUCUCAUUCUUGCUGCCUUUUUGGAUGAAAGGGGCAUACACCAUCCAAAUAUCAAUGUGAGUCGAAGGGCCAGUUACCUCUUCAUGAGAGUUGUGAAAAGCAUGAAAUCCCAGCUUAUUCCUUUCAUCGAAAAGAUAUUGCAGAGUCUCCAAGACAGAGUGGCCCAGUUUACGCAGUUGGACUGGAAGUCGGGAGAUAUGACAAAUUCAGGAUCUGAAGAUGGGAGUCACAUAUUUGAGGCAAUUGGCUUACUAAUUGGGAUGGAAGAUGUACCACAAGAGAAGCAAGCCGAGUAUCUGUCGUCACUGCUUAUCCCUUUAUGCAAUCAGGUCCAGGAGCUGCUCUUAAAUGCCAACGUACAAAAUCAGGAAGAAUCUUAUGCUAAAAUUGCUAAUAUACAGCAGUUAAUCAUGGCAAUUAAUGCACUGAGCAAGGGCUUCAGCGAACGUCUUGUCACUGCUAGUCGCCCUGCAAUUGGUAGUAUGUUCAAGCAGACGUUGGAUGUUCUCCUUCAAAUUCUUGUGGUGUUUCCUAAGGUUGAUCCUCUACGUAGUAAGGUGACGUCAUUUAUUCACCGGAUGGUAGAGGUUUUAGGAGCAGCUGUCUUUCCCUACCUCCCCAGGGCACUUGAGCAAUUGCUUGCGAACUGUGAGCCCAAAGAAAUGGUUGGUCUGCUUGUGCUUCUCAAUCAGCUCAUCUGCAAAUUCAGUGUUUUGAUGCGUGAUAUCUUGGAAAAAAUAUUUCCUAUCAUUGCAAGUAGAGUGUUUGAUGUUCUUCUCACACGUGAAAUUCCUUCAGGGCCUGGAAGUAACACUGAGGAAAACCGUGAACUUCAAGAGCUUCAGAAAACAUUGUACACAUUUCUUCAUGUAAUUACUACUCAUGACCUGUCUUCAGUGUUCCUUACCGCUGAAGGAAAGAACUACUUAAAAUCUAUUAUGCCCUUGCUAUUGCAUAAUUCCUGCUAUCACAAGGAAACUACUGUGAGAAAGGUACCUGGUUUCCGUAACUUCAUAAUUGAGACCUUCGCUCCAAGCUGCUGCUUGUACAGUGUUCUCGACAAGUCUUUUGAGUUCCGUGAUGCCAAUACUCUUGUUCUUUUCGGGGAAAUUGUGGUAGCUCAGAAGAUCAUGUAUGAGAAGCUUGGUGACGAGUUUCUUGUUCAUUUUGUGAUGAAAGGGUUUCAAACGGCAAACUGCCCACAAAAUCUAGCUGAAGAGUAUUGUCAAAAGCUGCAGGGAAGUGAUAUCAAAGCCCUUAAAACAUUUUACCAGUCUCUCAUUGAGGAUUUGAGACGUCAACAAAAUGGAACAUUCGUCUUCAGAUAGCAGUGCCUUAUGACUAUAAGAGAUUGAAUUUCAAAGUUAACUUCCUUGGAAUUCUUCAUGGUGGCCCUCCAUUUCACUUGAAGAGAUGGGAUGCUUUACACUGUAUAUAAUAUUUAUGCAAACCUAGAACAGAAGAGAAGAUGUACAUUUCCGGGAGCAGCUUUGUUUUACAAACAAAUGGUGAGAAGGCACAACUGCUGAAGGCGCGCGCUGAACAACUGUAAAAUUAAUAUCUUGAUAAUGUUGACGAGAAGUUUUGUCAUGUCCUUUCGUCAUAGAAAAAAAAACUGUUUAGGAUAAUUUCAUUGUUUCAUAACUUCGCAUCAUAAAAAAUUUUGAUACCGGUAACCCGUCUAAUACGUGAAUGUUUUGAUUGUGUCAUGUGUCAUAUUAGAAAUCAGUUAUAGAAGAAGCUUUCUACUAACUGCAGUCGUCCGAGUAAAUAGAAGAACAGUCGGAUUUCCGUCAUAGUUGUCAGUUUUUGUUUUUUUUUCACGGUUCACUGUGAAACCACUAGUUUUUUUUUUGAAUUUUUGUGUGGGUUAUCUUAGUUUCUAUUAAAAAUUUACAGCCUCAAGUUUCUC